GGGCUGCGCGAGAGCUUGCGGAGCUUUUCAUUCCGGUGCCGUAGUUCGUCUCGCAAGCUUCGAGGCGCCGUUCGGGCUCGCUUGUGCCGCUCCUUUUCUUGGUCCUCCCUCCUCUCUUUCUCUCUCUCUUUUUCUUUCUCAUUCUAUUUCAUAGCCAGUCAGUCAUACUUGCUCUCUCUCUCUUUCUCUUUUCACGCACACUCUCUCAUCCAUUCGUUCUCACUCACGUUAUCUUCGUCUGCCUGUCUAUUUACUCACUCACUCACUCAUUCACUCACUCACUCACUUGCUCAUUCAUUCUGUAUACAUACAUCGUUGUAUAUUAGACACGUAGAGACGCGCGUAUCUGGUCCUUUAGAUCUUAUGCGUUUCUCAUCUCUUACGUCUCUUUCCAUCUCCGUUAAUCGCGUGUUUUCGUGCGUGCUCUUCGUUCGUGCAAAGAUCUUAGGUGUGCUCUCCUGUGUGUUCUAGCUCGUUUCGUCACGUGUGUGUUGAUAAACUAUCGAGGAGAGCCCGAUCACUCCUUCCUUUCUCUCUUUCUCUUUCUCUUUUCUCUCUCUCUAUCUCUCUCUCUUUUCCUUUCUCUUUUCAUUAGAGAGAAGAAAAACCCUUUCUCGUGUAUAAAGCGAAGUAUCGGACGAAACUAAAACGAUUAGAGAAACCUUGAACGUCUUUUCUUUUGCAGUUCUGUAGUUUUUCGUGAUCGACGAGCUUAGUAUCAAAUUUGCCGGGUUAUGAACGAGGAUUUUCUUUGGAGACAUCACGAAGAGACUCGAGAGGUUACCGUUACGGAUUUUACAUACGAUAGGACGGUGAACGCGUAUCUUGACUGUUAUAUUUUCUCGUCGUUGGAUGUGUAAAAAAGUCGAGCUGUGAAUGUUCGCGAGUGUUGUCAAAAUUCCGUUCAGUGGCAUCGUCAUUGCUGUUUGUGAUGGUGGUAGUGAUGCUGGUGGUUGUGAUACCGGUCCUAGUAAUGAUGGGGGUUACAAGACGAGACGAGUGAUUUUCUAAUCUCGUGAUUUUUAAAUUAGGAGAACAUUUCUUAAAGGACUUUCACGAUUAUCUUCCAGCUUACGAAGAAUUACUUGAGCGUGAUUUAAUAUUCAACAUCGAAUAAUGAAACGAGAAAGAUGAGUAAGUUAAAACGUUGACACAGGUGAACAAUCUCAAAUUUGCUAAUAGACUAAUCUCGCGAUACGUGAUAUGAAUCAAAAGGAAACUCGUGUAGGUGUUAGACUGAAAAAAUUUCUAACAAGGUCCAAUCGAUCAUCGAUAAACGAUAUUUUAAUUCGAUCAGUUCGGAAGAAAAGUGCGAGAGCUAAAAUGCGAUCGGUGAAAAUCGCAGCCUUACGAGAGUCCACCGGCUGCUAAAUCUUCGAUAGAAGUAGCUGAAGCAGUUAAUUGAACUCGAUGAUCGGCUCGAAUGAGGUGGCAAGGACGAGGAUGGGUCCUUGCAUCGUUUUUGGCAGGUAAUCGUCGUUUUUGGCAGGGUGGCUAAAUGAAGAGGAAUCGUUUGGUGGGCCGGUGAUCGACAGCGGACACCGCGCGCAUUCGAUUCGCGAUGGAAUUCCUUCCGCUGCUAUUACUUUGUUGCCUCGUGAUCCUUGAGCCAAGCGUCUACUCGCUCUCGAUCAAGAGUAGUAUCAAUCCGCGGGUCGUGCAAACUCGAUACGGCGAGGUUCGAGGUUUGAUCAGGUCCUUCGAGAACGCCAAGUUCCUCAAACCGAUCGACGUCUACCUUGGAAUACCCUACGCUACACCACCCGUUGGGAGCAACAGAUUCUCCCCGACAAGAGCGCCAAGCCCUUGGGAGGGUAUCAGAUUGUCAAACUCGGUCGGUCCGGUUUGUCCUCAAAAACUUCCAGACAUCUCGAACGAGCAAGAGGCUCUCGAGCGCAUGCCUAGAGGAAGACUGGAAUAUUUGAAAAGAUUGCUACCUCAUUUGCGAAACCAAAGCGAAGACUGUCUAUAUUUGAACAUCUACGCUCCUGCUAUGGGCAUGGCGGAAAGUGGUAGGAGACAUCCGGUUGUCCUCUACAUUCAUGGCGAAAGCUACGAGUGGGGAAGCGGAAAUCCUUACGACGGUAGCGUCCUAGCCAGUUACACCGAGCAAGUGAUCGUCACGAUCAACUACAGACUGGGCGUGCUCGGCUUCCUGAACGCCAACGUGGCGCCUGAAACGAAGGCGAGGGUGGCGAAUUACGGUCUGAUGGACCAAAUCGCGGCUCUGCACUGGGUCCAGCAGCAUAUAGCACUUUUUGGCGGCGAUCCCGAGAACGUUAGCCUUAUGGGACAGGGAACGGGGGCUGCUUGUGUACAUUUUCUUGCCAUCAGUCCAACCGUCAUAAGAGGUCUGUUCAAAAGGGCGAUACUUCUCUCAGGCAGUGCACUGUCUUCCUGGGCUGUAGUCGAAGAUCCUGUGUUCUAUGCGCUAAAGCUCGCUAGAGCGAUAAAUUGCUCCAUUCCCGAAGAUCUACUGAAGGACAACGAGCUGAUAGUCGAUUGCCUAAGGGAAAGCAGCCUCGAAGAAUUGAUGCAGAUCGACAUACAACCACCAACUUUCCUCAGCGCCUUUGGACCAAGUGUGGAUGGGGUCGUUAUUAGAUCUGACUUUCAGAAAGAUCUUUUAUCCUAUCUUGGACCAGAAUUUCAGGGAUUCGGACCACUCCCGAAAAAAGCUGAACACGGGGCACCCAUAACGAGCAAUAAUAAAUACGAUCUAUUGUUCGGCGUGACGACCAGCGAGGCUCUUUGGAAAUUUGCAGAGAAGGAUGUGCAUCAAGGAUUCGAAGGUGAAAGGAGAGACAGAAUCAUCAGGACUUACGUCAGAAAUGCAUACGUAUAUCAUCUAACGGAGAUAUUUUAUACGGUCGUGAACGAAUAUUCGGAUUGGGAACGGACUGUGCAGCAUCCGGUGAAUACGAAAGAUGCAUGUGUUCAGGCACUGAGCGAUGCACAAUUUGUAGCACCCCUCGUUCAAACUGGUGAUCUUUUCACCCUAAGGCAUACGAAGAAGCCAAAUAAUCCUCACAUCGCUCCACCACCAGAGAUCGAGAAGGAACCCAUGCCAAAAACCUUCUUUUACGUUUUCGACUAUCAGAUGAAGGACGGCGACUAUCCACAGAAAAUGGGCUCCGUUCACGGCGAGGAGCUACCUUUCGUCUUUGGUGCUGCGCUCGUAGACGGAUUCGCACACUUCCCAAAGAAUUACACGCGAUCCGAAGUGGCACUAUCCGAGAGCAUCGUUCAAUACUUUGCCAAUUUCGCUAGAACUGGGAAUCCAAAUGGCGUCGAUCAUCACACGAGAAACGACAGUGGGCUUUUACCUGCUAGCAGAGAAAAAAGUCGUUUUAGAAGUCUCACGUGGGAUCAGUACGACCCUACGCAUCAAAAAUAUCUCGAAAUCGGAAUGAGGCCGAAAGUGAAAAAUCAUUAUCGAGCUCAUCAGCUUUCCGUAUGGCUACGACUCGUACCGGAACUUCAUCGUGCCGGAAUGGAGGACGUUGAUUCGAGACACAAUCUGUUCCGAGGACACGCCGAUCCGAGCCUUUACGACGGUUUAGUCAGGCCUGAUCCUUUGAGUAGGAUCACUGAAGAAUUUAAAAGGAAGAAUUUAAGUACCGAACCACCGACCACAACUGACUACAGCAUCACUACCUGCGUCAGUCUUAUUCAAAGCACGAAUCUUCAAAAUAUGCACAACGCCAGCACCGACACUUUGGCCAGUCUCGAUGCAGCUGGAUACGCCGCAUAUUCGACAGCAUUGAGUGUGACGAUAGCGAUCGGCUGUAGUCUACUUAUAUUGAACGUUCUCAUAUUCGCCGGUGUCUAUUAUCAACGAGACAAGACGAGACUCGAGGUCAAGAGCCUGCAACAGCAACAGAUGUUGAAUCAACAGUGUGGCCCGCGAGGUUUCAACGAGUUGAAACAACCACCUCCGUCGCAUUCGCAUUUCCCUGGUAGCGGUCAAGUUAUCGUCGACGUUGAAAAUGAAAUGCUAAGAAGAAACGUGAUGAAGGGACCUCCGAACGAGCCUAACACUUUACAAGGUACACACACCCUGCCACAUCAACAUCAUUACCAAAAGCAACAUCAGCAACAACACGCUACGCUUCCUCGUGCUUCGGUAAUGCAAGACAUAAAUGCGCAAACUCAAGGACCACCUAACGGAUCUAUACACCUGACAGUACCGCGUGCUCCACCACCACCCCGUGCGAAGAGUCCUCCAGAAAACCAACCCCUUUUGCAAAGUACAACCGUCUCGAGCCGCGUCUCGCAAGCAACGAUGAGCGAAAUGCGAGUCUGAUGCUUAGACCCCCCUCCGAAGCCGGUCGUCCCGGACGUCCUAACGGCGUCGACCUUGCUCUAAGACUCCUCGUCUUUCUAAUCAAAAACUAGACGAGGAGAUGGGAGGGGGGGGAGAGAGAAAGAGAAAGAAGCAACCACUUUACGUACUUUCGCGCCCUUACACGCCUAUACGCGUCUUCCUUUUUAUUCAUAUAAUUGGAAGAAAAAACAAACUAACUCGAGGAACUCUUAUCGAUUUAACUCUUAUCAUCGAUCGCUUACUACUUGGACGAAAGGAAAAACAAUCAAACUUACAAUUAGCCUAAAUCAAUCAUCUCUUCUCUCUGUAUCAAUAUACAUUUUUCAUUCUUUUCUAUCCUACAAACUCUUUGACACGCAACCCUGACACAUAGAUAUCAAAAUAUAAUAUAUAUAUAUAUAUAAAGUCCGUCACUCGCAUCCUCAGUGGCAAAUUAAACUAAUCCUAAGUAUUCUAAGCGGGUUACGCAAAAAUCAUUCUUUUUGUUAUUUUCUAAAUCAUUUGAUUUCGCAUUUGAAAUAAAUUGAAAGAUUAAAUCUAUCUUAAGAUACGUAUACACUGUCUUAAACAGGAUAUAUACCGUGUAGGUAUCAACAACGAUAGAAGAUAGAGAUCAAUUUUGAAAGGCGUAUGAUCGAUCAAAAAAUACAUUUCCUCUUCGAUAAUUAAUAAAACAGAGAAAAGAGAUUUCAAAGAAAUAAACGCGACAACAAAUUCGCAUAUAAAUUACUUAUCUACCACGAUGUUAGAUGUUCUUUGUAAAUACAUAAGGUAACACUUUAUACCAUAAACCCGCCAAAGUUUGCUACUUUCUAAGAGGACGAAGACGAAAACGAAGAUAAAGAAGGUGAAGAAAAUUGCAAAGGAAAAACUUUAACGCGUAUCGUUUUUUCGUUCGUAUUCCGUUUCUACGUUAAGAAAGAUACUGUGCAUGUGCGCGUGUGAGUGUGCGAGUAAUGUUCCGGAUGGCCAGAAAUAAACUACGAGAGAGAGAGAGAGAGAGAGAGAGAGAGAGAGAAGAGCUUUGUACAUCUACAAUGAUUCUCCUCGUGGCUAUUAGACGAUCCUUCAAAGUCACAAGCAAAAGCUUGUCUACUCGAUUAUUUAUCUCCUAUCGCGAACACAUCAAUGAUUUAUACGGGAAGUGACACUCUGAAGCGCGAUGUCUAUGAUUUAUUACAGCGUCUGCGCGUGUUUUACCAAAAUACCGCUGUGUUAAGAUUUUAUCUAUUUUAUAUUUACAUUUCUUGCUGUACACCCGACUUGACCAGCGAAAAAUCCAUAAUUUAUAAAUGUUGGAUCGUGAAAAAAUCAUUUUACGUAUUAUUAGGGUGUACAAAGCUGUCAUGGAUGCAUCAUUGCAAUUCAUCGGGAAACUUACCACCACUUGUUCUUAAUUCUGUGUAAAUAUGUUUUAUCGUAAAAAUACUUUAAAUACUGCCAUAUUAACUGCUGCCAGAUUUAAAUCAUUUACAAUUGAUUGUAUUGUUCAAACGAAAAGGGAGGAAGAAAAUCUAUUACCACGUAAAGGCGUAGACGUCGAUACCAUCAUCUAUGUACCUACUAUGCAUAGAUGAAAUAUUGGUACAUAUCGAUAAGAAAAUCAAUAUUAUAUAGUCAACAAAUAAGUUCAUUAAUUGUAUAUUAAAUCUAUAUAUAUAUAUAUAUAAAUAUGUAUGAUAAAGUUGUAAUUUUCAUGAUUAUCUGACAAUUGAUGUUAUUAAAAAAAAUUAAUUAACAACCGUAUAAAAAAAGCAUUUGAUUUAUUUCUUUCUAAUGCCUCGUAGGCAUUACGGUAUCGAUAUCAACGCUAAUACAAGAGUAUAUCAGUUUUUUUUUGGUUGGAUUUCUUUUGAAUUCCCUUUGUCUACCCGAUCGAUGCAAAAUGAAAAUGAACGGCCAACUGUUUAUCUCGCACCGUAUAUGUAUGUAUAUGCUAUUCGUGAAUUUUUUGUAAAAAUAUGAUUAUACAUAUAGACUAAGUAAGAUUAAAGGAUAAGGAUAAGAAUUCGUUACGCGUAUUACACUGCCACGAUAUUGAAAGAAAAAUUUCAGAGGAUAAUAUUAUAAACAAUCAAAAGAUUCGAGAAAAGUGUUGUAAAAGGGAACGUCUGUGACUGAUCGAAAUGUGUAUGAAAAACUAUCGAAUGUAGACUUACGUAAUAAAAGCCGAAUCAAAACUUUUGUACAUAAACUUAUCGACAAAAAGUAAGAGGGGGG